CGGGGGCUUGUGGGAGCGGCGGCCGCGGCGGCGGUGGUCUCCGUUAUGGCGGCUUCCAUCUCGGGAUACACGUUCAGUUCUGUCUGCUACUGCAGCGCCAACAGCAGCGCGGACCACGAAGGAUUUUUGCUGGGAGAAGUAAGACAAGAGGAGACAUUUAGCAUUAGUGAUUCACAGAUCAGCAACACUGAAUUUCUUCAGAUAAUUGAAAUUCAUAACCAUGAGCCUUGUUCAAAACUCUUUAGCUUUUAUGACUAUGCAGGCAAAGUUAAUGAGGAGAGUUUGGACAGGAUUCUUAAAGAUCGAAGAAAAAAAUUAUUGGUUAAUAUUAGCCUACAGUUACUCACCAGUGGCUGA